CGGAUCCAAAGAUCCUCGCGGAACAAAUCGAUGCGUGCUUGUUAAGGUGUCUAUAUAGUUUUUGAAUCAAUAUAUUGUAUUGUUUUUUUGGUGCUUCAUUAUUAUAUUAUAUGCAUCUAUUGUUUUUUGAUAAAAUAAAAUUAAUUUUGAUUCUCACAUAAAUUUGAAUACAUAUAAGGUAUAUAUACUAAUUAGAGAUUUUAUUAUACAAUAAUUAUUUAUGCAGCAUAUAAACACCAUCUAAAUGAUAUGGGGCCAAUUCAAAUUCAAUAAUUUUUUGGUAAUUAUAUAGUGAAAUUUAUCGGACUUAGUGCGAAACGCGAUCAAUGUACUGAAAAGUAAGAAGGAAUGAAAAAUAUAUUGAAAAGAGAGCCAGUGGAUCAUCAAUCAGGCUAUCUCGGAAACUCUAGAGUAGUACUAAAUCAAUUUGAUGUAUCCACUCAGGCCGACAUACAGCAUCAGAAUCUGAACCACUCAGCGCAAGAUGAAAUAAUGGGACGAUUGUAUGGUAGCGAAAAACACAUAAAUCAUUUAAACGGCAAAAACGUGGCUCACUACAGUAAACAAGAUAUUUUGGAACAGUACUGUAUAUCGGAGAGAGGCUUGGGCGCUUUAGAAAAUGAGAACAGUAGAAUAUUUGGGUGCCUUUCUUCACAUCAAAGUUCGCCUUGCUCAGCACGCAAUGCUUCCUCGUUUUUUACAGCUUGCAUGCGACAAAAAGUUUCUUCAGAUGAAAAUUUAUAUGAACUUUAUAAAAGGCAUCCUAAUGAAUAUGCUCCUUUUCCUAAAAGGCACAGAUAUCCAUGGUCUUCGGUAACGCCUGAAAUAUACUCUUACGAUCGAGAUUUGAAAAAUUCAUAUUUUCGAAGAAAACCAUACCCGGACCCAAGCCGAUAUACAUGGAUGCCAAGUGACGAUGAAUCUAUAAAAAUGGAAAAGCCAAAGUCGAUAAUAGAUCUUUCAUAUAGAAGCUCAAUGAUGUCACAAAGUAAAAAACACGUUAGCUUUGCCCGUUCUCAUACACUGACGUCAUUUGACGACACUAUGUCGUCAUUGAGUUCCUCUUCCAGUCAUCUAAAUCGAAUAACCAGAAGCCAAGAAAGACUUUUGGAAGUCAGGAAAGCUGAAGGUUUGCAAGCGAUUACCAAGCAACCAGAGUUGCUCGAAAAUAAAGCUAUAAUGGAUAAAGUGAAAAGAGGUCCAAUGAAAACCCAAGCUACACAGACUGAAACGUUUUUAGGAAAGAAACCUUUACUCGCACAUAUCAAUCUCAGUCCAAGAACUGUCCAAAGAGUGAAAAUGGUUUCACAAGCAGCACAAACCAAUGGUAUAAAUGGUCGUAAACUUAUGAAAUCAUUAUCGGAAGCAGGCAAGAAAUUCCCAUCAUCUCCUAAUCAAGAAACGGAUUUUAUGAAAUCGUUAGAGCAUGAACCAUUACAAAGAACUCAAUCUGAUGAGCCACCAAGAUCACCAUUCCUAGUCACCUCACCGCCAGUACCUUUACCUCAAGAAACCCAAUUGCCAAGUGAAACUUCAUCUCUAUCGAAAUCCGAAGAUCACGAAUCCGAAGACUCGGGAGAAAUUAAAAAGGAAAUUUUCAUUGAUUUUAAGCCGCAAGUUUCGUUUACUUCGAGCAGCUCAACGAAACGACCAUUAAUAAAAACAGCUUCAGAUGGUGUGAUUUUACUAGAACAAAGAAAAAUUUAUAAAUCUGAGGAUUGUGUCGUUCCUAAUGUACGGCCUUAUAGUUCCAUCAGUCACGAGAAUCUUCAAGUAGAAGAAGAGGAACCUCAGAAAUAUACUGCAUAUUUUCAAAGAAUUCCAAUAAAAAACGAAGGAAUUUUCAAGCAAUUGGAUGAACAUAACAUUUAUUCGUCUGUAGAUGAAAGUUUACGGCCGCAAGAUUCUGUAGAUGAAGAAUUUCAUGAGAAUAUUUUUUAUAAAAAAAUAUUUGAUAGACAAGAUUCGACCGAUAUCGAAAACAUGAAAGACGAUAUCGUAUAUCCAAUAGACGAAUCGAUAGUCCCGUCCAUUUUUUUGAGGCCAGAAUUGAAACUUUCUCCUUUUACUUCCAGUGAUUCAAUUGCAAAUGAUACCAGAGAUCAAUCAGAUGAUAUUUGGAACGAAUCCCAAGUCACCGUCUUACAAAUCGACUCGGGUACCGAUAACGGAACUGGUCUCAGUACGUCAGAAAUUACUCCUUUAUCUAGCACAGUUUCGAGUAGUUUAUUAACACCAUCUUCGAAGAGAAAACACCUUUUGAUGAUGCAACACCAACAGAGAUCUUCAUUUGACACUGAAGGCUUAGAAGAAGAACCCAAAGACGACAGCUUUUCAAGCCAAUUGGUUAUCGACAAAUCUUAUAACAAGCUACAAGUACCUGGAUCUCUUCCAAUUGGCACUUCAAGAUUAACCCAGCCAGCUGUUUCUCCGUCACGUAGACGAAAAUUUUCCGAUAGUCCACCUGUUCCUGUAGAAUCUCCUUUACCGGCCGUAGUACCGGACUUACUGUUAGCUAGGACAGAUUCUUGUAAAACCACUGAUCUUUCCGAAAGCACCACCACUGACGACUAUAUCACAGCCAAUUCUGGAACGGAUAGCUCUAGAAAAAGCACAUCGUGUCAGGGAUUAGAGAAACAAUUAGCUCAGAAACAUAUUCAUCAGCAAACGAGUAAAAGAGGAAAACAUCAAAACGAUGGUUCUUCUUCUACCAGUAAAAUAUUGGAUAAAAUUGGUAUGGACGAUAUGGUUGUACCGUCGCUUUCUCCGUCAUUUUCUCCAGAAGUCGGAUAUUUGGCCGAUGCUAAAUCUAACAGCACUUCCUGCUACACCCCCGUGCCUCAAAUACGUACCGGCCGUUCAACUCCGUCCGAAGAUAGUAGUUCUUGCGGUAGCUACAGUAUCGGAGCAUCAACCCCAGAUCUUUUAGAAAGAUAUACAGUGCCUUCUGGAAAGCCAGACAAGAUUUGGUCUGACGAUGAAGAACGAAGUUUACAAUAUUCGUCGUCCGGAUAUUACGAGUCUCCCGUUGAAGACCAAAAACGAAAUCAACUUUCAAACACCACGAAAAAAAGAAGCAAGUCAGGAUUGAUAAAUCCGGAUCUAACGAAUACUUAUCCGAAAAGCAGUAACCAUAAUAAUACGAACCAUAAAUCGAAACAAAAAGCCGAAAUAAAAAUUUCCCCAUCGAAAGAAAAUGUUAAAGGAAAAAAUGAUAAAAUAAAACGUUCAAAAGCUAGAACCCGUAGUCCGAUGCAAGGAAAUAAAAUAAGUUUCCAAGGUCGAAAAUCACCACACAAAGACAAAUUACUCAUCACAGAUGAAAAAGUCUAUAAAGUUACAUCCGAUGAGUCUAGUACCGGACAAGAUUAUUCCAUUAGUGAAACACAAAGGAAAAUUAAAAAAAACAAAGACACUUCGAGAAGAAAAUCUCUACCGCGUUCUCCGUCUAGUCAAAAAGUUCAAAAGAAAAGCGAAAUUGAUUAUCAACCAUCCAGUUUACCUGGAAGUUUGUCAAGAAGGAAAUCUAAUAAAUCUUCAAAGUGUGCGUCAACAGAGAAUGAGAACAAUCAAAAAUUAAGUUGCAGCAAUUACUUGAGAAGAUCCGAAACUCCUAUCUGUUCUUCAAAGGACACAACAACUUUAAAAGCUUUGAGCGCUGAAUCUUUAAGAUCUGUAAGCCCUGGAAGUGAUAGUGUAUUUUACAGCGACCCUAGUAGCCAUACAGCUGCUGAUCAUCAAUUUCAUUGUUUACAUUGCGGAAAAGAGGUGGAUAUGCAUCCAGACGAUGCAGAAAAAAGCAGCAAUGGUCAACAACAACACAUUGUACAACCUCCUGCAGGUUUUGAAGACUCGCCCAAAAUAAAGGGUGGAAGAUUAUUCAAGAAGCUAGACAAAAGAUUGAAAUCGGAAGAAAAAGGGCAUAGUGACUAUAAGCGACACAAAUAUAGACCAGAUAUGAGAGCAAAGUCAGAAGAACGCGGUGGAUGCACGAAAAAUUUCCAAGGACGAUUACGGCCCAUGCAACGGUCGCCGUUCUGCAGCAAAGAGCAUCUCAAAUCAGCCGACAGCAGUCCAAGCAUCCUGCCAGGAGAUCCAGAAGAAGACGACGACCACGGUUUAUACCAGGCCGGUUACGUCUCCGGCAUGUGGCUCUGCGUACAUGAAACGGAAACAAUUUAUGGGACUCUUUCUCCGACAGAAUCCGAACAAGUUCGACGAAGUUCAAUCUCGAGUACUGAAUCGGAACACGAACUUUGUAAACGAUAUCAAGCCAUCACACAUCGAAUUGUCCAUCGAAAACCUUAUGUAGACAUGUAUAAAAGGUUACAUUUUAGGACGUUUGAUUCUGACAAAACCAUCGUCGUACAACGCGAAUCCGGAGAAUUCGGUUUUAGAAUUCACGGUUCCAAACCAGUGGUCGUAACUGCAAUAGAACCUGGAACCCCGGCCGAAUCGUCAGGACUAGAAGUUGGCGAUAUUAUUAUAACUGUAAAUAGAGUGAAUGUUUUAGAAAAAAGCCAUUCGGAUGUUGUUCAAAUUGCUCAUGCCGGAAGCGAUACUUUAACUUUAGAGGUGGCACGAACAAGUUAUGCUUUGAAUAAAGAAGACGAAGAAUCGGAACCUGGUACAAUUUUUAGUGGAUAUUUAUGGAAACUGAGUGGUUUCGCUAAAGGAGAACCGACUAAUAAAUAUAUUCGUCGAUGGUUUUGCCUCAAAAAGAACAAUUGCCUUUAUUAUUAUAAGACUGAUAGCGACAAGCAGCCUGUAGGAGUAGUGAUGCUUUUUGAUCAAAAGGUUGUAGAGCUUGAAAGCGAUGCUGAACCAAUGAAAGCCAAUACAUUUUUAAUUCGUAGUGAAGAUUCUGUGCCUCUUUAUCUAGCCGCAGAUACAAAAGAAAUUAGAAAUCGAUGGGUUGAUCUUAUCGAAAAAUCCAUCAACGACAGCCAAGCAGUAGAUACCUAUCUAGAAGAAACCAAAAGAAAUAUAUCAAUCGCUCCAAGUAGUAUCAGGGAUCCAGAUUGUUUCGGAUAUUUGAUAAAAUUGGGAACUCAAUGGAAAUCUUGGUGUAGACAGUAUUGUGUUCUCAAAGAUGCUGCUAUGUAUUUUUAUCCUGAUGCGAAUGCUACAAAUGCAACUGGUGUAGCAUUGCUUCAUGGAUAUAAAGUUCAGCAAAUUUCUUCAUCGAAAAAAUAUGCUUUUGAAGUCAUUCCACCAGACAAUGAUAAGAAACACUAUUAUUUUCAUGCUGAAUCUGAUACAGAUAGAAGAAGAUGGAUUUCUGCGUUGGAAUACUCUAUCGAUCGAUGGCUUAAAAUAUAUUAAUUAAUUAUAUUGUGUAAAAUUGUAUAUUAUAUUUGUUUAAAAAUAAAUAGUGCAAAUACUAUUAAUAUUUUUUGCAGCAAAUUGUGGUUUAUUUAUUCAGAAUAUUAUUUACAUAUAGGUAAUUAGAGCUAUUAUUUGUAUACAAAUUUGUGCACU